AUGUCCGCACUCAAAUUGAAAGUCCUCAUAGCAGGAGGAGGUAUUGCAGGGCCUUGUCUCGCAUAUUGGCUUACCAAAACAGGUCUCAAUACGUCCAUUACAGUCGUUGAACGAUCACGUUCUCCGAGAGUCACUGGUCAAGCGAUCGACAUUCGUGGUCGAGCAAUUGAAAUUAUGAAGAAAAUGAAAUUGGAAGAGGCUGUCCGCUCCUUUAGUACUACAGAAGAAGGUACAAUAUUUGUGAAUUCAUCGGGGAAAAGUUUUGCUGAAUUCAUUGGUGGUGGUGGUGGUUUCACUGCUGAAUACGAAAUCCUAAGGGCAGACUUAUCACGACUUUUCCUGGAAGCCACCGAAGGCUUGGACAAUGUUCGGUACAUAUACGGUGAUUCUGUCAAAUCUCUCGNAUGGACGAACGGACGCGCCCUUGUGCUGGGAGAUGCAGCCUUCGCCACUUUUGGUGUUGGAACAAGUCUUGCCAUUGAAAGUGGUUACGUACUGGCGGAAGAGCUGUCGAAGAUACAGAGCACCAAUGAUGUUCCUCAUGCUGUGAAGAAAUACGAGGAAGUUUUUCGCCCAAUAUAUGCAAAAACGGAAGGAAUUCCACCCGGUUUUCCACAAUUAGCAUCUCCACAGACUGCUUGGGGUCUUCAGAUAAGAGACUGGAUAUUGUGGUUCCUGAGCAAGUCAAAGAUAUACAAAUUUGCCCAAAGAUAA